ACCCGAUAUUUGUUAUCGAAAAAACGUAAACAACUGUAAAUUCCGACACUUGAUUGAAUUUUGUCAACGAAAAAUGUGUCCAAAUAAUCGAACAGCACAGCCAAUCUAUGUCAUCCUCGGCUCCGGCGGACACACAGCCGAAAUGUGUAAAAUCAAUCAGGCCUUAAUGCAGCACGAUGAUCUUAAGCAAUACCAAUCUGUACGUUAUAUUGUGGCCAACAGCGACGACACUUCGGAAAAGCAAAUCCGCUCCGCUUUACCGGCUUUAAAGGACAGCGACUUUAUACGCGUGCCGCGCAGCCGCAGCGUCGGCCAAAGUUGGCUCAGCAGCAUAUUUACAACGCUGUGGGCCUUGCUCUGGAGCUGCUGGCUCAUUUGGCGCGAUCGGCCCAAGCUCGUACUCUGCAACGGACCCGGCACCUGUGUGCCCUAUUGCUAUGCGGCAUAUCUAUGGCGCCUGCUCGGCCGCUUGCCCGCCCACAGCAAGAUCGUGUUUGUGGAGAGCUAUUGCCGAGUCGAGACGCUCUCGCUAAGCGGUCGCCUUCUGUUGCCACUCGUGGACAUGUUCGUUGUCCAUUGGCCGGCGCUAGCGACUCGCUACGCCAAAAAGUCGAACUUGCGUUAUUUUGGCAGAAUUUUAUAAGCAAUUAAAAAUAAAUUGUAUUGCAAAAUAAACUUUAUUGCCACUAGAUGAAUAUGCCCAUAGAGAGUAUAUGCAUUAAGCUUAUGGAAAUGAACGGGAGUGCCCGACUGGCAGACACCCUGAUCCCUGGCCAGAGCUGCAAUUCGAAUCAUUCAUGUUCCAUCCAAUCGACCUCUCUUGCAUGUAUUGUUUUGUCUCACUCCAUUUCAUGGCAUCUAGUGUUGUCAAUUAAAGUUGUCUCUUUCUAUAUACAUAUGCAUAUACACACAUAUAUACAUAUGCCACCCCUCCUCUGUUUAUAUUGAUAUGCAAUGACUUCCGUUAACACAAUAAAUUUUCGCAGCAUACAUACAUA